AUUGAUCAUAUACGAUUGCUAAGACGGUUGGAAUUUUGCGCGUACACAAGUUAUAACUCUGUCAAGGGAGGCAUAUAAACAUUCUCUUAGAACAGCUGGCAAGCAGCUGUCACGAAAUCGGGUUGACUAUUUAAUUUGCAUAUGACGGUAUGACGAUGUAAUGUCUUUGAUUUCAAUCUUAUAACUCCACCAAUCCACGUUAUCUUAGCCGCUACAAUGUCGGAAAUGGCACGUCCAACUGUGCCCCCGAAUCUCCCAAAUGUCGUCAAGACGGCGUUUAGUAAAGCGCAAAUCAAUGGCGACGUUACGUACUACCCGACUCAGGUGGCCGUCCUGACACCUGGUCGCAUAGCUUUUCAAUUACGCUUCUCACCGGCAUUAGCACAAAAGCCCAAAGCGCCAAAGCCCAGGCAACCAGGCGGGAAGCCCUUCAAUCCAUUCGAAAACCCCUCGCCGGAUAUGCUUAUCGGAGAAGUGGCACCCUCCCAUAGGCUAGUACUGAACAAAUUCGCUGUGGUGCCGGAACACUUCAUCCUAGUGACCAGGAAUUUCAAGCCACAGACACACGUCUUGGAACGGGACGACUUGGCAGCGACGUACGCUUGUAUCCAAGCGUACCGCGAGGAAGAGGAGGGGGGGCAGGAACAGGGACAAGACCUCUUUGCUUUCUUCAACUCGGGACCGCACUCAGGCGCCAGCCAGCCACAUCGCCACCUGCAGCUCUUACCGGUCUCGCGCAUGAAAGACGGCUUAAGUGGCGUUGCUGGGGGUAGCGAUUGGCGCGUACUAGCGGACAAUCUGACCGAGUCCGAUGAGGAACUACCCUUCAGGGUUUUUACUGCGCGCAUGCACCCCGAUAUGAGCGCUGAAGAACGGCAUCGUGCGUACUUGGAGUUGUAUAGAGACGCUGUGAGAGCUGUGCUUCCGGAUGCGAAAGUGCGGGACGAAGGUGAGGCCCAAAUUAGCUAUAACGUCGCGAUGACGAGCAAUUCUUUGGUUAUAUGCCCUAGAAUGGCAGAGGGCGCGGCGAUCAAGAAUAAAUCGGGUGAGGAUGUUGGUGAAGUGUCGCUUAAUGGAACAGUGUUGGCUGGUACGGCGCUUGUCAAAAACCAAGCUGAGUGGGAUGCGUUGAGAGAAAAUCCCGAUAUGCUGCUUGAUGUUCUCAAGGCAAUUGGUGUGCCUCCAUGAAGAGAAACCCCAUUGAAUGAACUAGAAUUAAUAUGAAAAUAAAUGACUGUCUUUUAUUUCCUCGAAUGAGUAUCUCUAGGACCUUUCUUGAGGUCGUAUUUUGAUUGUAAGUACAUACAUACUAUUUCCUUUCCUUGGUUCUACCGC